AUGAGGGAACAAAAGUGUUGUUCUGCAGAAAGUCCUGCAUUCUUUAAAACGACAUUGGCCACUUGUUUAACCCAUAUUUAUAUGUUGACACUAUUAACUUUAUCAGAUUUCAAUAUUUUGACAUCUUCUGCACCCACAUUAAGUCUCAAUUUCCAAAAUUUACAAUCACUCCAAAUUACUUUUACACCACACAAUCUCACAGCACCACCAACUCCAAGCAGCUCCAUACUUGAUCUUUUAGCCUCUCAAACAUGUACAGAUAUUCAAAUUUCAUAUGAUAAUACAAUUACCACAAUUCCCCAAGAUUUACUCACUAGAGUACCAAAGUUACAAUCACUAGAUCUAUCUGGAAACCAAUUGACAUAUAUAAAUUUAAAUCAACCAUCAUCCUCUUUAAAAUCAUUAUCAAUCAAUAUUGGUUUAUUAGGAUUAUUGGAUGUUAGCAUUACUCCUUUGAAUUUUCCAAAUCUUAUUGACCUGAGUUUAACUAUUGGUAAUAAACCAAAUACAACCAACAACACAGGUAUUAACAUUGUUGUUGAAUUCGGAGGAAACAAUGGAUCUUUAGUAAUAGAUUCGCCAGUGCCUAUCAAUAAUUUAACUAUUCCGACCAAUCUUUCUAAAAUAGAGUUGAAUACCACAAAGAUUAAUAUUUUAAAUGGACAACCAACUGAUAAUGGAACAAGUAUUCCUGAAUCAUAUUGUAACUAUUAUGAUAAAGCAAAUUUCUCGUUACCAUAUUCACUUCAUCCUGCGUUUAAUAUCAGUUGUGGACCUCUAAAAUAUCCUAUUGUUACUGGUGCAAGUCCUUUAUUAUCAAACGAUACUAUUGUAAUUUUAAAUGGAUUAUUUGGAAACAGUUCCCUUGAUGAUGUAAUAGUGAGCAUUAAUGGCGAACAUUGUAAUAUAGAAUCAUACAGUGAGAGUCAAAUUAAAUGUAGUCAAAAUCUUACUGAAAUAUCUGGAACAGUUCCUCUGAUUGUUUCUGUAAAUGGCAAUAAUUUUACAUCCAACUCAAUUGUUAAUAUUGUUAAUACUGAAUCUUCAAAAACAAAUAGUGUUGUAUGUAAGUAUGGUUCAAUUAAUCAAAAUGGAGAAUGUGAAUGUUUAGAUGGAUAUAAAGGAAUAGAUUGUUCGAGUGUUGUAUUUAAAGCAAACUAUAGUCAAAAUGUAAGAAAACCAGAAGCAACUUUUACAAUUGAAAAUGGAAAGCUUAAUUUCUCUUUGGUUGAGAUUCAAGAGAUUGGUUCCAAAGACAAUAUCAUUAGAAAUUUAUCCAUCGAGAGUUACUUUCAACAAGGCUAUAAUAUUUCAAUCGAAUCUGAUAUCAAAUAUGUUAACAGUAGUGGAUAUCAAUAUUUUUCAGAUCAGAAACUCUUCUUUGAUGAAGGUACCUCCAAAGCAACUAUCAACAUUACUGGUUGGCCAUAUUUAGUCUCGAGCAGCCACCUGCGUGUAAUAUUCAAGAUGAAUUUUGAUUUCUCCUCCUUCAACUCCACCAAUCAAACAGACUCACUAAUUCCAACAAUAACCAGCGAUACACCUAUCGGAGAACCUUUUGUAAACUAUUACAUUUCCUAUGGAGAUGUUACUUUCUAUAGUCGUUUCCUAACCAUUGUAUUAUCAGAUGGAGUCAAGUCAUUUUCUAUGAUCGAGAUGAUGACAUUGACUGCCGAUUCAAUGAUAAUUGGUGUUCAUCUUCCACAGUGCAAAGAGUGUUUGAUAGAUCCAGACUGGGGUGUGUUGGUAAAAACUUUAGAUAGCUCUGAGGAAUCUAAAUCGAGAAAAGGAGCCAAUAACAAUAUCUUUGCCAAAUCAUGGGUUAUCAUUACAAUCUCCACAGUCGGUGGUACUGUGCUUAUAUUCACCCUUUUUGCCACAGUUGUUACUGUAAUCAAGAUUAGAAAGCAUAAGAAGGAAAAGGAUUCGAUAACUAAAAUUAUAGAUGCAUUUAAAGAGGAAACCACUCCAAAUCCAUAA